AUGGCGGCAACUCCUCUCAUCACCUUCAAAGCCGGCCGCUGCGAUCUUGAGGGCCGCAAAGUCAAGCCAGACCCAACACCAGGCUACGUCUACCUCUACUCCGAAGACGACCUGCUCCACUUCUGCUGGCGCCCACGCUCUGCACCAGCAACCGAGCCAGACAUGGAUCUCAUCAUGUUUCCAACCGACGGCCAGUUCUUUCCGCUGGUCAAAGAGCAAGGCACCGACGACCUCAACUCGCCCACCAACGGCCGCAUCUUCGUCCUCAAGUUCACAUCCAGCGGGCAGAGACAUUUCUUCUGGAUGCAAAGCAAGUCACAGUCGAAGAGCGGCGAGUUGAGUUGGUUCAGCAACAGAGAUCAGCGGUUGGGUCAGAUCGUCGAUGCACUGCUGCAGGGUGAAGAUGUGGACGUCGAGGGCGAGGUGGAGGACAUGCGGAGGGGUGGCGGUGACGCAGGCCCAGAUGGCGAUGCAGACGCGGUGGAGGUUGAUGGAGGACCAUCGCUCGAGCGACAGGGAUCUGGUGGUGCUGGUCAGGAUGCCACCGGCGGAGAUCCUCGCGAAGAGGGCUCGGCCAGCAGAGAGGGUGGUGCAGAUGGAGGCAGAGCUGCCAACUCAUCCUCGUCAGCGCCACAGGACACGAACGCCAUCGUGCAGAACUUUCUCAACUCGCUCAACGGCGGCAAGCAAGGCGGCGGACAGCAGCAACAAGCAGAGAAGCCCUUUACCACACUGCCCGACCUAUUGCCAUCAUCGACAACAACAGCGUAUAUCGCCAACGCUUCGGCACAGCAAAUAGAUCAUCUUUGCACACUACUUCCGCCGGAGCUGUUCUUGCUCGCUCAAGAAUCCGAGUCAUCGAGCUCGGCAGCUGAAGCCACUCCAGCAACAGCUCAAGCAGCCAUUGAGACACUUUCGCAAGGCCAGAAGAAAGACAUUCUCGUCCGUGUCUUGCGCUCGCCUCAGCUACAGCAGAGCCUUGGCUCUCUGACCGUGGCGCUGCGGGAUGGUGGACUUCCAAUGAUUGGCGAGGCCCUGGGUCUCAAGGUCGAGAAUGGUGGACUAAUCAGAGGUGGAAGCAUGCCCUUGGGUGGCGGCGAUGCAGUCGAGGCAUUCGUGAAGGGUGUCAAGAGGACUGCAGAAGAGGAAGAGAAGAGCGCGAAGAAGUGA